AUGGCCGGAGGAACUCGCUACGACCGUGAUCGGGGUAGAGAUCGGGAACGAGAGAGUGGCUCUUCACGGCGUGCACGCGAAGAGAACAGUCCUGCUAGUGGUGAGGUUGGCAGGGAAUUUGCCAACCGCUAUGGGGGUCUUUUCUCUGAAAAAGACUGGAAGUGUUCCAUUUGCUCUAAUAUUAAUUGGGCUCGCCGAAAUGAAUGUAAUCAAUGCAAAACGCCCAAGCCUGGUCUGGAAACUACUUUAGGUUCCCGUGAAGGACGCGGUGGCGGUUUUUUAGAACGAGAUGAAGUAAUAGAGUAUCGUCAAUCCCGUGAUGCUGAAAAAGAUGAUGAAUGGGAUGAAUUCGGUCGAAAAAAGAAAAAGAAACUAGUAAUAACAGCACUAUCAGCAAAAAUGGAGAUGAACUAUUUGGAUGAACUUAACGAUGUAAAAGAUAGAAAAAAUCCCCAAGAAGAUUCAGAUCUCCAUAUCGUCGUGAUCGUUCAUUAUCGAGGGAUGGAAGAUCCAGACGAAGCAGGUCAACGUCAGUUGAACGAACAAACCACCGAUCUCGUUCCAGGAAUAAUAAAAGAUAUGGGCAUGAUGAUCGCAGAAGAUCAAGAUCUCAUUCUCGCGAUAAAAGAAGAUCGUACCGAAGUCGAUCAAGGUCAAGCACACGAGAUAGAAAGCGAUCCUAUUAUCGAAGCCGAUCACGAAAUCGUCAUUACUGAAAGUACAUUUGGUAAAGGUCACAUUUUCUAA